AUGCAGUGGUGGCAGACAGUUCUCCAGCUUUCUGUGCUGGCCUCGGCCGCGCUCCCCGCCGCCGCCGCCAGCUGGGGCUUUGUUGAUGCCACCGUGUCAGUUCAGACCAAGGGCGCCGGCGUCGGCUCUGGAUUGAAGCAUGAUAUCCCCUCGAAUGGCGCCCUUUCCGACCCCGUUCCCCUCGGCAAUUCGGAUACCCUCAAGGUCGCCCUGACAGCGCAAGAAGGCAAGUCAGCCAAAAGCGCGCACCAAGUCUUUCUCCUCCUUCAAGAACCGACUUCUGGCCUAGACAUUGCGUACCCUUUCUCCGUCAAGGGUAACGGCAAGUCGCGGGUCGAAUUGACAUGGAAAGACCUUCCCUCCCAAUUCCUCUCUACCUCCAACGCUCUCGAUGCCAGUAUUCUGAUCGGAUCGUUUGGAGAGUCUCAAGCUUACAACGCGCCCGCAUUCAAGCUCUCCCUCGCCCGCGGCCCCGAUGAGCCCGUCCCGACUUUCGAAGUCUCGAGAUAUGGAAAGCUCCCUGAGAUCCAUCACAUCUUCAAGAGCGACCCUCAAAGCCCUCCUGUCGUCAUCACCCUCGCUUUCCUUGCGGCAGUGCUCGGCGCCUUCCCAAUACUAGCUGGCUUGUGGCUCUACCUCGGCGCCAAUAUCAGCCAUCUCCCGACAGCGAUCAAGUCGGCGCCUCUUCCUCACGCCGUCUUCCUUGGCUCGCUCCUCGCCAUUGAGGGCAUCUUUUUCCUGUACUAUACUUCCUGGAAUCUGUUCCAGAUCCUUCCUGCUGUCGCUGCUGCUGGAACUGUCGCGUUCAUUAGCGGAAGCCGUGCCCUUGGUGAAGUUCAGGGUAGACGCCUUGCUGGCCUCCGAUGA